CACCCUCGUCGCAGCCGCAAAAUACACUUCCGCUGCCACACUGCGCCGCGAAAUUCUCGCUUCAGGAGGACACAUCCCUCCAUCCUGGGUCUACGAAAAAGCCGCGAUCCACGCCCUAUCGCGCGCCUCCCUCGCCCCAUACAAACGUGUCUCUGCCCUCUCUGCAUGGCUUCGUCUCGUCCCUGCCGCCCAUGAAUCCUCCGCCUCCGCCGCCCCGCUCACCCGGGAGUUCACCGCAAUCCGCACGCGCCUCCUCGGUCGCCACACCGCCACCAAGCCGAACGCAGACGCCCUCGCCGCGUUUGCACUCGCAUGCGCGCGCAAGGGUCACUCGCGCAACAUGGCGUCGGUCCUCGCCGCUAUCGCACGCGUCGUUCCGCCUUCGAGGGCCGCCGCCGUGCUCGCGCGGUACGAGCGCAAGCUACGUGGGUACGAGCGCGCGCACGGCCUCCCUCACGACCCGCGCUACUGGUCGGGCGUGUACGGUGCCUUCGCACGCGCGCUAGCCGCCGCUGGGCACUCGCAGGCUGCGCUAGUGCGUCUCGCCGAGUCCGGAGGGCACGCUCUCCCUUCUUCUCCCUUCCCCUCUUCCUCCGCACCCUCGCCAGCCCCCGCUCCUCUUCCCAAAGACUUCACCGCCCUCCCGCUCUCCUCCCAGCUCCGCCACAUCCGCACCGUCCUCCGUGACGGCACCCUGCCCACGCCGUACGCGCUCGCAUCCUUCAUCCGCGCCGCCCGCGCCUCAGGGCGCACAUCCGCACUGCCCCUCCUCCGCCGGCGCGCCUUCUCGAAAGGCGCACGGACAGCAAGCUGGUGGGUCCUCGCGGAGAUGCUCGUCGCGCGGGACGAGGGACAGCCCGGGACGCUGCUCGCCGUGUUCACGCGGUACUGCCACGCCGUGAACGUCCCGCGCGCAGCGCUCGCCAAGCUCACAGCGGCGGCGACGGCGACGGGCCAGGAGAAGGAGAGGACCAGGGAGCGAGAGUGCACGCACGCGAUCCCGCAUAAGCUCUGGCCGACGCCGCACCACACCGCGCUCGUCUGGGACGCGGUCGCGUGGGGCGUGCCCGACGCCGAGGUGCCCGCGCUGUACCAUAUCCUGCUCGCGAUGGCUUCAAAGUCCGCGCCCUCUUCUCCACCACCACCACCACCGUCAUCGUCAUCCGGGCCACCACCACCCCCGCAACUGCAAACACAGACAAGACGACCAAUCGACGCAGCCCACUUCACACCCUUCAUCGCACUGCACGCCCACCGCGCGCGGCCCGCAGCAGCCGCAGCCGUCCUGCGCGACAUGGUGCGCCUCGGCCUGCGCCCGGGCGACGCGCAGUGGGGCGCGCUCGUCCACGCCCGCCCCCGCCCCCGUGUCCGUGCCUAUGCGCACGACCACGGCCAUGUGCGGGGCACGCGCGAGGCAGGGAACGCCGGUGCGGCGACGACGCUGCGGAUACUUGACGUGCUUGAGACUCAGGACGCGACUUCCACGACGGCAGGGGCAGGGAUAGGGAUAGGCGUGUACACGGGCGCACUGCGCGCGCUCGUGCGCGCGGGGCAGCUCGGUGCGGCGCGGGAUGUGGAGCGGCGGAUGAGGGCGCGGUUUGGGUAUGUGGAUGGGGGGAGGGCGGCGACGGAUAGGGCUGUCGGGGUGUUGCGUGCUGCCGAGCGGGAGGGGGCGGGGAGGCGAGUGGAGGCGAGCGUGGAUACGUUUGGGCGUAGGGAGUUGGUGGGCGCGCGGAGGUGAGGCGCGUGAGGUCUGGCUGCUGGUUUGCGGGAGCCCAGAUUGCUGCGCGCUUAAUAUCACACCCUAUCCGCUCUCUGCCCUACCCCGCCUCCUCCCGUCUAAGCGAUUUCAUGACGCCCGUCACCUCGGCACAAGGCGCCUCACCCCAAGCUGGCGCGCCUUGCAACGCCCAUGUACCCGUCUCCACUCAGCCGUUGACAGAGGCCGAUAGACUAGACCGGCUCUGUUUUGUGCUUGGCCAGCCCGAACCCAAUCGAUAGGCCGUCGCCGCGAAAACACAUUCAUAUUCUGACGGUCCCGGCAUGCCUGCUGGUGUGUAUCGUUCAUUUUCCACUGCAUGGACAGUCCGACCGUCCUGGCGUGGGCAGUUGACGUCUUCGGAAGAACAUGGCGCGGCGCUCGCUUCCAGGAUUACUCGAACCUUGGAACUCGAAGCUUAGCUUGAGGCUAAAGCGCUGAAAGCCGGGUCUUGAACUACGUCUCCCUGGGCUUGGGCUUGGACGGCCAUUGACCCCACGUACUUCCAUAGGCUAGAGCCGUAUGUGUGUAUACGCUGUGAGUACAUGAAUCCAGAUGAACUUUUUAGCGCCAGGUACUAUCGUGGGAUCUACAAUGG